ACCUCACCUCUCCAACCCCUAUUCCUCACAUAAUUCUCUCUCUCUCUCUCUCUCUCUCUCUCUGUCACUGUGUCUCAGCUCUUGCUCCAUCCAACCUUAUUCUCCAUUUCUGUGGCACUCCAGUUUCACAGAGCCAUGGCUCUCACACGUGCCAUGCUCACCCUCGCUAUGUUACUAGCUCUUGUAGCAUUGUCCAUGGCUCAAGGCCCAGCCUCGGCACCAAAAUAUUUCAACCCCUCCAAGCCAAAGCCGCCGCCAACCGCCGCCUCACCCACGACCCCCAUCGCCUCUCCCCCCACAUAUAUGGCGGCACCACCUCCAUCAACCACCGCAUCGCCGCCACCUAGUACCGUUGGAGCUACUCCUCCCACCACCUCAGCCACCUCACCAACCACCGCAACGCCCCCGUCCAUGGUGGCUACACCACCAACCGCAACGCCCCCGUCCAUGGUGGCUACACCACCAACUGCUGCCGCCCCACCUAUGGAAGCAAGCGGCCCAACAAGCCCAGGCCCAACAAGUUCUGGCCCAUCUAACACACCACCUGCACCAGCUCCAGGAUCCUCCAGUACGCCCUCCAUUGCACAGCCACCAGCCCCAGUCCCAUCCAGUCCAGACUCAGGUGCUUUUGUUCAUGGGAUUAGCAUGGCCUUGGUGGCAUUCUUGAGUGGAGUUGCGCUAGUCCUUGCUUAGAACACAGGCUCUCCUUUGAAAUUAAUUUAUGUAGAUUUAGAUUAAUUAGUAUAUCUGUGUAUUCUUUGUUUUCCUAUAAUUUAUUGUUACCCUUCUUCUUUCUUUUUAAAAUUUUCUUUUGGGUUUGUGUUGGUUUUGUUGAUGGUUUUUGGGAGGUCCAUUGUGAUUUAUGAGAGGAGGGUGCAGGGUGUUUGGACACAUUUGUUGGAUCUACUUAAUAGCUCUUCUUUUGUAGCAUUUUCAUGAUGACUAGACGAAUAAUAAGAGAGAUCCAUGAUUCUUGUUUGUGUUU